CGGAAGAGCGUUCAUUGUUUUGGCGUUUCCUGAUCUUCAUCUUUAGAGUCUCUCCGAUUAAAACAACAAACAUCCGACAGUCGACACAUUUCUGGUAUCCUCUCUCACCAUGACUCACUGGUUCCAUCGAAACCCUCUGAAAGCCACGGCACCUGUGUCCUUUAACCUGUACGGUGUGGCAUCCAGUCCCGCUGCCAAUAAGAUCUGCAAUGACUUGAGAACGACGCGCGCCCGACUGCUGGACAUGUUCACAGACACCACGUGUACCCCAGAGAUCAUGAAGAAAUCCAGUGAUGAAUAUUUUGCUCUUUUACAGGGAUUCAUUUUGCCGCUGGAUGGAACCACACAAGAGAACAAGCUCCGGUUCAUCCAGAACUUCAGAUGGACUGACACUUUACAGGGAAAUAUCGCAAGUGCCCAGCAGGAUGCGGUUUUUGAGCUGGUGUCUGUGGCCUUUAAUGUUGCCAUCUGGUACACCAAGUUUGCCUCACGACUGGCCGGAAAGGAGAACGUCACAGAGGAUGAGGCCAAAGAUGUUCACAAGAGUUUGAAAAUCGCUGCUGGAAUCUUUAAAACCCUUAAGGAGACUCAUAUUCCUCGGCUCAUCACUCCAGCAGAGAAGGGUCGAGACCUGGAGCCGCGAGUCAUUGACACCUACCUUGUGCAGAGUCAGGCAGAGGCUCAGGAGGUCACCAUUGCCAGAGCCAUCGAGCUGAAGCACAACGCCUCCAUCAUCGCAGCGCUGUCGUUUGAGACCGCAAACUUCUACCAGAAGGCUGAUCACACUCUGAACACUUUGGAUCCAGAAUGCAGCAGUAAAUGGAAGAAAUACCUGCAGCUGAAGCAGCACUUCUACAUGGCUUAUGCACACUGCUAUCAUGGACAGACUCUUCUCGCAGGUGAUAAAUGCGGAGAGGCCAUAAGAUCCCUGCAGGAGGCUGAGAAGUUUUAUUCCCGCGCUGAAGCCUUGUGUAAAGAGUACCGUCAGAUGAAGGGUCCCGGCAGCACGGCCAAACCCUCGGAACAGCUCUUCUUUAAGAAACUGGGCACGUUCAUCAAAAACACCCUGGAGAAAUGCCAGAGAGAGAACAGCUUCAUUUACUUUCAUAAGGUUCCUGCUGAAGCUCCAGCGCUGGAACUGAAGGCCAGUUAUGGUUUGGCUGAACCGAGUUCAUUCGAGCUCCCGCCUCUAAGCGCUCAGUGCACACCUGAAGUCUACGCCAGCUUUGACCUGACCAAAGGACCCAAAGAAGACAAGGCAAAAGCCAAGCACGAUGAGGAGAUAAAGCCGGUGAAGGAGCCGGAUCUGAAGCCGCAGAAGGACACGGGCUGCGUCGUCUCUUAACAGUCCAGGAGAUCUGGAGUCUGUAGUCUUCUCUCGUCUAAUUC